UUUGGAAGCGCGUGUGUUUGUGUUUCGUCGUUCCGUUCAUAUUCGUCUUCAUCCAUCCUACCCAAAUUUUUCUUGUUCUUCUUCUAUUCUGUUUUCGAAAUGUUGUGGGUAAAUUCUUCCUUUCCAAAUAACCAAAGAACAAGACAAUGGAGUUGCAUCCAUAUAAUCCGUUUCUUUUGGAAUGAAAGCCCCAUAUUUUCCGAGUCUUCAUCUUUCUUACGGCAAUGAUCGUAACCCCAACCACCAUUGUCGAUCAAGGUUUAUAUUUAGAGUGAGCAAUUGCAAAGUGGUGUAGCGGUAUCCUGUAAUUUGAAUAAAAAAAAAGGAAAAAAAAACAGAAAAUUACGAAGAAGAAACCCACUCUACGGCCUAAAACCUAAAUCUUCAAACAAUGUGCCCGUUGCCAUUUGCAGCCUAAAACCUAAAAGACCAACAAUUUUUUCUUCAAAAAUGGCACCGAAUUGGUUGAUGAAAAAAGCCCACCGGGUGACUCCGGUGGUGGUGAAAAUGGAAAACCCAAACAACUGGUCAAUGGUGGAGCUCAAAGUUCCAUCGAAGGAAGAUUUCCUAAACGAUGCCGUUUUGUCCAACAAAAGACGUGCCCACAACAAAAACGCCAGGCAGCUGACAUGGGUGCUACUCCUCAAAGCCCAUCGUGCCGCCGGCUGCAUUACCUCUAUCGCCUCCACCACAUUCUCCCUUACUUACGCCGUUCGCCGCCGUGUAACAUCCGGUCGGACAGAUACAGAAUCCGACACCGGAAUCCCCGUUAGAACAUCCACACGUUUUUAUACUUGCAUUAAGGCGUGUCUUUUGUUAUCUGUUCUAUUACUAGCGUUCGAGAUAGCUGCUUAUUAUAAAGGGUGGCAGUUUGGACCUCCCGAUCUCCAUUUACAGUAUUUAUAUACAUUGACAAAUCCAUUCGCAUUUAAGGGUUUUUUCGAUUGGAUUUAUUCAAAAUGGGUUUUGAUACGUGUCGAAUUUCUAGCUCCACCACUACAGAUUUUGGCAAAUUCUUGUGUCUAUAUGUUUCUGGUUCAGAGUUUGGACAGAUUUGUGCUCUGUUUGGGUUGUUUCUUGAUUCGGGUCAUGAAGAUGAAACCUGUCGCUAAACAAACCCUAACAGAUCUUGAAUCUGGUGAGGGUGAUGGGUUUUUCCCGAUGGUUCUUGUCCAGAUCCCCAUGUGUAAUGAAAAAGAGGUGUAUCAACAAUCAAUUGGAGCUGUUUGUAAUUUAAAUUGGCCAAAAUCCAAGAUCUUAAUUCAAGUUUUGGAUGAUUCGGAUGAUCCAACAGCCCAAUUGUUGAUCAAAGAUGAGGUUCAUAAAUGGAAAAGAGAUGGUGCAAAUAUUGUUUAUAGGCACAGAGUGAUUAGAGAUGGAUAUAAAGCUGGCAAUCUUAAAUCUGCUAUGAAUUGUAGUUAUGCUAAAGAUUAUGAAUUUGUUGCCAUCUUUGAUGCCGAUUUCCAGCCCUCCCCUGAUUUUCUAACAAGAACAGUUUCUCAUUUUAAGGAUAACGAGGAAUUGGGAUUGGUACAAGCUCGUUGGUCGUUUGUGAACAAGGAUGAGAAUCUACUAACAAGGUUACAAUAUAUAAAUUUAACAUUCCAUUUUGAAGUUGAGCAACAAGUAAAUGGAUUUUUCUUGAACUUUUUUGGGUUUAAUGGGACGGCGGGUGUGUGGCGGAUUAAGGCGUUGGAGGAUUCCGGUGGGUGGUUGGAGAGGACCACCGUUGAGGAUAUGGACAUCGCCGUUAGAGCUCAUCUUCAUGGAUGGAAAAUGAUAUUUCUCAAUGAUGUUGAGUGUCAAUGUGAGUUACCCGAAUCAUAUGAAGCAUACAGGAAGCAACAGCAUAGAUGGCAUUCUGGACCUAUGCAGCUAUUUAGGCUUUGCUUACCAGAUAUCAUAAAAUCAAAGAUUAGCAUUUGGAAGAAAACAAACCUAAUAUUUCUUUUCUUCCUCUUAAGAAAACUCAUUCUCCCCUUUUACUCUUUCACUCUCUUCUGCAUCGUUCUCCCAAUGACGAUGUUCAUACCUGAAGCCACCCUUCCAUCAUUAAUCAUCUGUUACGUCCCCGUCACCAUGUCUUUUCUCAACAUCCUCCCCGCCCCCAAAUCCUUCCCCUUCAUCGUCCCUUACCUCCUCUUCGAAAACACGAUGUCUGUAACCAAAUUCAACGCCAUGAUUUCUGGUCUUUUCCAACUCGGAAGCGCCUACGAAUGGGUCGUCACCAAGAAAUCCGGCCGAUCGUCGGAGGGAGAUCUGAUUUCGUUAAUCGAGAAAGAUCGGAAAGUAAACCCUAGAGGAGGUAUUUCCGAACCGGAUCUGGAGGAGUUGCAGAAGAAGAUGAAAGAGGAAGAGACGAAGGCGUACAGAAAGAGGAAAUAUAAUAGGGUUUAUACCAAGGAGUUGAUGCUGGCGUUUCUUCUCUUGACGGCGGCAGCUCGGAGUCUCUUGGCGGCUCAGGGAAUCCAUUUUUACUUCUUGCUUUUUCAAGGGAUCGCGUUUUUUCUUGUUGGCCUUGAUUUGAUUGGCGAACAGGUCGAGUGAACAUUUUCUGGUCGGGAAUCGAUUAGUACACGACAGUUUUUAUAAGUAUACAAUAAUUUGUGCUUAAUAGAAUUGAACAAUACAAUAUUUUAAAGCAUAAAUUGUUGUGUAUAGAAAAAUUUGGUUGUGUACGAAUCAAUUCCUUUUCUGAUCACAAGUUUUUUGGUUGAAGAUUAGGGAGGAUAAGUUUAUGUUCAUAGGUAGGAGUGUAUAUUAUUCAGGUACUUUCUUGUUCAUAAUUAUAUGGUUUCUAUAAAAUAAUACCUUUAAAUUAGUAUAUUAUACAGUAAAAACCAAGUUUUUUGGUUGAAGAUUAAGGAGGAUAAGUUUAUGUUCAUAGGUAGGAGUGUAUAUUAUUCAGGUACUUUCUUGUUCAUAAUUAUAUGGUUUCUAUAAAAUAAUACCUUUAAAUUAGUAUAUUAUAC